AUGGCGGAUGCCGGGAGGAACCUCGUGCUUGGGCUUGGGAUGGGCGUCGUAGUGCGGAGGGAUGAGGAGGAAGCAGAGAGGGGGAGGAGGGACAGGGACGCGAGGAGGGAGCUGGAGUUCGGGACGGGGAGGUGCGGCGCCCGGUCGUCUCCGGAGCCGGCUGUGCGACUCACGCUCCUGCCCGGCCUCGGCCUCCCGUGGCCGCCGCCGUCGUCCGAGACCAACCGGCAUCAUUUGGAGGCGUCGUCGACGCGUGGCUUCGACGUGAACCGGGCGCCGUCGCUGUCCGUGGCCGGUGCCGGUGCCGCCGCCGCGCAGGAGGACGAGGAGCAGGACGAGGCGGGCGCGGCCGCGGCGGCGGCAGCAGCAUCGUCGUCGCCCAACAACGACAGCGCGGGCUCGUUCCCGACGGACUUCUCCGCGCAGGGCCAGGUGGCGCCCGGCGGGGGCGACCGCGCGUGCUCCCGCGCCAGCGACGACGACGACGGCGGCUCGGCGCGCAAGAAGCUGCGCCUCUCCAAGGAGCAGUCCGCGUUCCUGGAGGAAAGCUUCAAGGAGCACGCCACGCUUAACCCGAAGCAGAAGCUGGCGCUGGCGAAGCAGCUCAACCUCCGGCCGCGGCAGGUGGAGGUGUGGUUCCAGAACCGCAGAGCCAGGACGAAGCUGAAGCAGACGGAGGUGGACUGCGAGUACCUGAAGCGCUGCUGCGAGACGCUGACGGAGGAGAACCGGCGGCUGCAGAAGGAGCUGGCCGAGCUCCGCGCGCUCAAGACGGUGCACCCUUUCUACAUGCACCUCCCGGCCACCACCCUCUCCAUGUGCCCGUCCUGCGAGCGCGUCGCCUCCAACUCCGCCGCCCCUGCCGGCGCCGCACCGGCGGCGCCCGCGUCGUCGCCCUCCCCUGCUGCGACUGGCAUUGCGGCGUCGUCUGCCCCGGAGCAGCAGAGGCCCUCGUCGUUCGCGGCUCUGUUCUCGUCCCCGCUCAACCGCCCGCUGGCCGCCCAGGCGCAACCGCAACCGCAGGCGCCGGCGACUUCGUGA